AUGGAGUACAAAGUCAAGACAACAUGGUACAACCCCACGUGCUCAGGCCGCCCCGUCGAGAUUCUCUACACGUUGGAUAACAUGUGCGUAUGGAAUACGGACACCAACGACAACACCUACUUGCGGGUAGACACGAAGCAGCAGAAGACAUACUACUACUCCUAUGGCGAUCACAAGUGUCAGAACUCCGUUAGCUCGCAGUCAUGGGCGUCAGAGUUGCAAACUUCUCAGCAAUGUAGCGCAAGCAUUCAGUGUGGGAUGACUCAGACGCCGCAGUUCUUCGAUCCCAACUCGAAUGUCGACAUGUCUACGUGUUUGUCCAGCUUCACCACUGUAUCGAUUCUUGUCAACGCUGCCUGUACCAACGGUGCUGCUUGA